AUGACAGAUUCAAAUCCAUUGCCCCCGCAAAGAGACACUCCAGAGUCUGAGUCCCCAAGAAUUGUGGAACAACAGCUAUCCUUAGAUGACACGAUUGAACGGUGCAUCGGGGAGUGGGGGUGGAUACAAUUCUUCCAAGCCACUUUUAUAUCCUUGGCUUAUUUUUUCGAUGCACAACAAUGCUUCAUAAGUGUUUUCACUGAUGCUAAGCCAACAUGGCAUUGCACUUCACCCAGUAAUUCGUCGUGCAAGAAUAUCUGCCGAAUUCCAAGAGAUUCUUGGAACUGGGAUUUGCCCGCUCACACAUCCGUCAUCUCGGAGUGGUCCCUUGAGUGUUCCGGCUCCAUCAUCACCGGCCUCCCGACAUCAAGCUUCUUUUUAGGCUGCCUCGCAGGUAUAUUUGUCCUUGCAACCCUGGCCGACUCCUCUUUAGGCCGGAAGAACAUGCUUCUUCUUUCUUGCCUGCUCAUGUCUAUAAGUGGAGUCUUAACCGCAUUCUCCACCAACGUAUGGAUGUAUACUGCUUUGAGAUUUAUCAGUGGAUUUGGGUUUCUUUCCUUACCUGGUCUUGCUUAUAUGACCAGAGGUUCCUCAUGGAGACGCCUCUACCUGUGGACUUGCAUUCCUGCAAUAUUUUACUCUAUAUUAUUGUAUUUUAUAGCUUAUGAAUCUCCUCGAUGGCUUUAUAUCAAGGGCCGGAAGGAAGAUUUCGCCAAAACACUGAGAAGCAUAGCUGCACCCAGGAAUCGGAUUAUCUUAACUGACAGCUUCUUCGACAGGUGCAUUAAGUGGGAAGACAAAUUGCAAGAAACAAACUUUUACUCCGCAAUAAAGAUCUUGUUUCAAACAUCUUGGGUUUUUUGGCGACUUGCACCCGUUAUGGUCGUUGGCUUUGGAGCGGGCAUGAUUUCCUUUGGCAUGCCAUUAGGCCUUGAAAACUUGGCAUUUGAUCUAUAUUUGAGUGUGGCACUAAAUGCAUUUAUGGAAAUUCCAGCCUCCAUGCUUAUAUUAUUUCUUAUUGGGAACGUGAGCAGGAAGUUUUCAAUAUUGGGUUUGACUAUAUUGAGUGGAAUUUGUAGUGCAACGUGUGUGCUGGUUAGGUGGAAGGGAAUGCAGAUAGGACUAGAACUGGUAUCAUUUUUCUGCGGGGUCGUUGUAAUGGAUUUGGUGUUGAUUUAUACAUUAGAGUUGUUUCCGACAUGCGUAAGAAACUCAUCUGUGUCAAUGGUGAGGCAGGCAAUGAUGUUAGGUGGGGUUUGUGGCCCGGUAUUAGUGGCAGCCGGCAGAAAGAAUAGGUUGCUUUCAUAUGGGGUGUUCGGGAUAACAAUAGCUGUGUGUGGAUUGUUCGUUGUGUUCCUGCCAGAAACAAGGGGAAGGACAUUAUGUGAUACCAUGGAUGAAGAAGAGCGGAAGAAUGGAUCAAUAAAUAACGGAGUGGAUACUGCGUAA